AUGGCAGCGGAUGUGGUGCCUUUGCCCCAAGCGAGCUCCGAUCUCGAUUUCGUUACGGUCGAGGACUGGAGGAAUGUCCUGGAGGGUCCCGUGCCCAGCUACGUGAGGACUCUCUUCGUGGCGAUACUGCGCUGCACCCGCCCAGAGAGCUCGGCGGCGAGUUGGACACAGAUCCAAGAUCUCCUCAGAGGGGACGUCGGGUUCAUAGCCGCGCUUCAAGCCUUCGAGCCGGAGGCCAGCGACAGGCACCGCAUCCGGGACAUACUUUAUUCAGAGAUGGAGGUUGCCUCUAUCCCCGUGAAGUACAUGGCCUUUUUCUCACCGGGUUGCGAGCUGCUCCUCCGCUGGUGCCACGCCUUGGGCGACGCCUGCGGCUGCCCGCCUCCGACCUUCCCACAGGCGAAGGAUCACCUGCGCUCAGCCUGGGAGGAAGCCGAGGAGGCAAGGGACCAGCGCAAGAAGGCCAGGGACGAAGCCAGAGCUGCCAAAGAAGCCGCCAGAGCUGCCAAAGACGGAGAUGUCGCCAAGAAGGGCACCGAAAAGGAGGGCUUGGAGAGGGAGGCUUCGGAGGAAAGAGGAGGCCGGCUGCAGCUGAAGUCCCUCCUCUCAGGGGAGGUCUUCGCCACCUUGCCGGGUGCCCUUCCGACCUGGACCUACAAG